AAAGAUCAUAGGUGUAGAAUACUAUUCAUUACCUACUCAUACACAUUCUGAAGAACGUGAACAUGUUAACAGUCGCUAUUAUAUUUACUUUCUUGAGUUCCUUCAACUUUAUUGACGGUCUCAACUUGGAUUCUGCUACAGAGAUAUGUAAGAAUACGAGUGUACGAUGCCUGUCAAACAACACUUACAUAACGUGCGCAAAUGCUGGCGCUUUCACAGUUCUCCUGAACACUCAGCUGACAUGCCCUGAUGGUUACAUUUGUAAUGAAUCGGUGUUAUCACAUCCGUGCACAAAAGAGGGGGACACCGAUUCAUCCAGCAAAAAUACUGAAACAACGACAGAAAGUACAACGAGGGCAGACAGUACAACUUCACAAACAGAUCCAACUCCUCCUGCUGCCUGCACUAGUGCUGGUAAAUAUCCAUCCAAAAAUUGCAAUGAGUAUUAUGAAUGCUUGAAGGUGAUGUGGUGGUACAGACUCAUGUUCAGAAAGUGUGACGAAAGUGAAAGAUUCGACCAUAUUACUUUACAAUGUGUACCUGACAUAAUGUGUUUCUGAAAUAAUAUCUCAAGAUGAUUCAAUUCUUGUUUGAAAUCAUAUGUAUUCUCAUUCCGAUAUUCGUGUUAGUAAAUAUCCCAUUGUGAUUUUCGAUAUUUCAGAGAAUAUACGUCAUCAUUCCAAUUUAUGAAUAGUUUGAUAUCUGUUAUUAUAUCAAGUACUUU